CGCAUGUAUGUGUACAUAUAUAUUCAAUGUAAAUAUAUUUCUAAUUAAAUCCUGUAUAAAUAAAUUCUUAUAUAUCUGUGGCCUUCGGUCAGUUUAUGAUAAGUACUAUUUGCAGAAGAAGAGUUUGAAAAUUUGAUUUGUUGCCAUAAAUCAGACUUAUUUAUUGUAACCUAAAAAUGGUUAAAAUUUCUAAUGAUUUGCGAAACAUAUGCAUGAGGCAAGCAGAAGAUUUAUUUGAUUACUAUUUUGAACCCGAAUUUGAAGAAAAUUUGCCACAGAAAAGAAACUCCAAAGAGUUCAGUGAAGUUCAUUAUGUUCCUCGUAAUUCUCAACUACAAAGAGAUGCAGGAAGAACUCUAAAAUCUGGAAAUAUGAGUGAGAUUGCUGGAAUGACUCCAAUUUUAUCACGAUCUUCUGGAGCUUAUGAUGAAAAUUAUCUUGUUGGAAGUUUGAUAAAAUCUGAUGAUUUUGAUCACCGUUCUGAUGUUGGAGAUCAACGGUUAUUAAAGCCUUGCUUGAUGCCUUAUGAAAUUGUUGAAUAUCAACCUUCUGUACCUACUCAGGAAGGACCUACUCAAGAACAAAUUAAAGAAGUUGCUACCAAAUUAGCAUGUGUUGGAGAUGAAAUUCAAGAAGAAUAUGUGAAAAAAAACAAGCAGUUUUAUUUGGGUGUUGAAAGGAGCCUUGUUAAUUAUAUAACAAGUAGACCAGAGCUCGACUACGAAUUAUUUGCUGUUUACUUAAAUGAUUUGAUUGGAGAGAAUAGAGAUGCAGACGAUUUUAUUGUGCUUUUGAAUAUCAGUAAACGAGUAAUUAUUAAAACAAAGAGUUUGGGAACAAAUGUUUUUAAUUACUUUCGUCGUUUUGUUGGCUCAGCCUUUGCUGAUAGCAUUGCACAAAACAACAACGUGGUUGAAUUUGUGUCACGAGGAUUGAAUAACUAAACAUGUUAUUAGAAACUAAUAAUAAAGUUCUUUUUAAA